AUGUCCCUGCCUAAUAUCGCAAGCUGGAACGUCCGUGGCUUCAACAACCCGGACAAGGUGCGGUUUUGCAAGUCUCUCAUCCAAUCUCAAAAUCUUAAAUUCCUCUGUGUUCUGGAAGCCAAAAUCUCUCUGUCCUCCGUCGAGGACCCCUGGUUUUUGCAUUCUCACUCUCUGUUUGACAGUGAAGGUAGUUACAAUAACUUCAAGGAAUCCACUCCUGGCAGAAUCUGGCUUAAGUGGGAUUCCAGUGUCUUCAAUUUUCAUCCCAUCCUUACCACUUCUCAAUUAAUUCACGGUGUCCUCUCUGCGGGUUCAUUUCCCCCUAUAUUUCUUUCUGUUGUUUAUGCCUGUAACAGUGUGGCGGAGCGUAGAAGUUUAUGGACCAAUCUGGAGAAUUCUAUCCCUCCUCCGAAUCAGCCGUGGGUCAUUCUGGGAGACUUUAACUGCUGUAGGUUUGAAACUGAAAAGGCUGGUGGCUCUCUUCUUACGGACAGUAGGUUAGGAGAGCUUAAUAAUAUGGUUUUUAAAUGUGGCGUUCAAGACUUAUCCUCUACUGAGCUGUUUUACACAUGGUACAAUCAAAGGGUGGACUCUCCGAUUCACAUAAAACUUGAUAGAAUUCUAGUUAAUUCUGCUCUUCUGGAUUAUCUGCCCUUGGCUUACUACAGAGUUGUGCCUCCUACUGGUUCGGACCACUCCCCUAUAAUUUUCAUUGCUUCUCAUGACAAACCUAUUGCUGCUAGGUUCAAAUUCAAAAAUUAUUGGACUAAUAUGGAAGGUUUCUGGGAUGAUGUGUUCUCUGCUUUUUCUGCCAAUUCUUCCCGAAGUCCUUUGGCUGCGUUCUCUCACAGCCUGCAAUGCCUCAAAAGAUCUCUUAAGAAGAGGAAUUGGGCCUCUUCUAACUUUCUUUCCUGCUCUAUCAUGGAUCUUAAAGCUAAACAACACUCCUGUUUGAUUGAGCUCCAAAACCAGCCUUUGGAUAUCAACCUCAACAGCAACCUUAAAAGCAUUAAUGAUGACCUUGCUGCUUUACAAACACACUGGUCCUCUUGGAUCACUCAAAGAGCUAAAGCCUCUUGGCUUCUUCAUGGUGAAGAUGACUUAGGAUUUCUUUUUGCUAAGAUUAGGCAAAGAUGCAACAAGAACUGCAUCAAAGAAAUUACCACUGAUGAGGGUCAUUUAACCUCACAUUCCGAGGAAAACACGAGACCUAAGCGCGGGUGCCGCGGAGUCGUCUCCGCGAUCUCCACCGCACCAAAUUGGGGAUUUUCUUUGUCUGCCCACGGCAAGCGCGUGGUCCACGUGCACCUUUUACUCUCCCCUAUCGAUUUCUUUCCAAUUUUCCUCGCCGUCUCUUUCUUGCUUUCUUCUUCCCCUUACCAAACGCGCUUAUUAAACCAAAACCAGCUCAUAUCUCUUCAUAAGAAGAGCCAAACAAAUAACAAUACAUAG